UUAAACCUUACUUCCCGCGGGCUUCCGGUCUUGGUGCGGGUUGCCGGAGCGGGAUGGAGCGGCGCUGAGAGGCGGCUCCGAGAAGCCUGCACAGGGGAGAGCCCCGGUGCUCAAUGGGCGGCCGGAGCUGACACCCUGCUCCGGGCACAGCGGGACAAUGAAGCUUCUGAAACCCACCUGGGUUAAUCACAAUGGUAAACCAAUCUUUUCCGUGGACAUUCAUCCCGAUGGCACAAAAUUUGCUACAGGAGGACAAGGGCAAGAUUCUGGAAAAGUUGUCAUAUGGAAUAUGCCACCUGUUGUUAAGGAAGAAGAUGAGAAAAAUGAAAGUAUUCCCAAGAUGCUGUGCCAGAUGGACAACCACUUAGCCUGUGUGAACUGCGUGCGAUGGUCCAACAAUGGAGCCUAUUUAGCGUCCGGAGGAGAUGACAAGCUCAUCAUGGUGUGGAAGAAAUCUGGAUACAUCGGACCCAGUACUGUUUUUGGCUCCAGCAGCAAAUUGGCAAAUGUAGAGCAAUGGCGUUGCCUCUCCAUUCUCAGGAAUCAUACAGGAGAUGUCAUGGAUGUCGCAUGGUCUCCACAUGAUGCAUGGCUGGCUUCUUGUAGUGUCGAUAACACCGUUGUGAUAUGGAAUGCCCUUAAAUUUCCUGAGAUUAUAGCCACGUUGAGGGGCCAUUCGGGGCUGGUUAAAGGACUUACAUGGGACCCUGUGGGGAAGUAUAUUGCUUCUCAAGCUGAUGACCAUAGCCUAAAAGUCUGGAGGACCAUGGACUGGCAGCUAGAAACUAGUAUCACUAAGCCAUUUGAUGAGUGUGGAGGAACUACCCAUGUCUUGCGUCUUAGCUGGUCUCCUGAUGGACAUUACCUAGUAUCUGCUCAUGCAAUGAACAACUCCGGUCCUACAGCACAGAUUAUUGAGCGUGAUGGUUGGAAAACGAACAUGGACUUUGUAGGCCAUCGGAAAGCUGUCACUGUAGUCAAAUUUAAUCCAAAAAUCUUUAAAAAGAAACAAAAAAAUGGAAGCUCAAGCAAGGCCGGCUGUCCAUACUGCUGCUGUGCAGUGGGGAGCAAGGACCGCUCACUGUCUGUCUGGCUUACCUGCCUUAAAAGACCAUUGGUGGUGAUCCACGACCUUUUUGACAAGUCUAUAAUGGACAUCUCAUGGACCCUAAAUGGACUUGGCAUAUUGGUGUGUUCUAUGGAUGGAUCAGUUGCAUACUUGGAUUUCUCACAGGAUGAGCUGGGUGACCCACUGAGCGAGGAGGAGAAGAAUCACAUCCACCAAAGCACUUAUGGAAAAAGUCUUGCCAUCACAACUGAGUCCCAGCUGCCUAACACAAUUAUUGAAAACCCUGAAAUGCUAAAGUUUCAACAGAAGCAGCAUUCACUUCUGGAUGGGGAACAUGCAACAUCUGUGCAGAAAGAUAUCCCAGUGCAGAAAGUGGCCAGCAUGGUAAAUGGUGAAAGCUUGGAGGACAUCAGAAAGAACCUUUUAAAGAAACAAGUGGAAACUAGGACAGCGGAUGGACGGCGUAGGAUCACCCCUUUGUGCAUUGCCCAGCUGGACACUGGGGAUUUUUCUACAGCUUUUUUCAAUAGUAUUCCUAUAUCUGGGUCAGUCGCAGGAUCCAUGCUGUCAUCUCAGAGCAACCAGCAGCUCUUAUCCCUGGAUUCAAACACCAACAGCUCUUUAGGGGCGAAAUCCACCCUAGAACCCACAGGGAAUGCAAAACCAUCAGAAGAACCUGGCAACAAAGAGAGUGCAAGCAUUGCUCCCAUUGCUUCUUCAACGCCCACAAGCGUCUCUGCCCAGCCGAAGAUUGAGCCCAUGAAAGCACUUGAUUCUCGAUUCACUGAACGAUCAAAAGCCACCUCAGGGACAACAGGAAUUUCACAUGUGAACCAGGUCGCUAAUGACCGACCAAAAGAUCAUAGUGCAUCAAAAGAAGCAAAGCCUCGUGACUUAGAGAGCAGUAGUGACAGUGAAGAAAAAAAUCUUGCAACUAAGUCUCUCACCAAACGAAAAGCUGAAGUGGAUACAGACCUUGGAGAGAAAAGAAAAAAGGGGCGACCUCGAAAAGACUCUCGGCUUAUGUCCGUUUCCCUCGCUGUGCAGUCUCAGGUGGCUUCAACAUCCGAGAAGGACUUAACAUGUGUUACACCAGCAUUAUCAGUAAGACUGCCGAUACCAGCCAUUCAGAAGUCCUUUACCUUACAGAUUAGUCAAGAUCCCUCAAUAUACAUUGAAGUAGAGAAUGAUCUGCGGACAGUAGGAGGAUCAAAACUAAGUCAGCUCAAGUGUAACCGAGAAGGGAAGGAGUGGAAAACGGUGCUCACAAGCCGCAUUCUUGCAGCAGCAGGAAGCAGUGAGUUGGUAUGUGUAGCCUGUGAGAAGCGAAUGUUAUCCAUGUUUUCCGGUAGUGGCAGACGAGUAUUUCCUCCUAUCAUUCUACCUUCCCAAAUCUCUACUGUACAAUGUACAGGUCGUUUUGUCAUGGCUCUUACAUCCUCAGCUGCUCUUUCUGUAUGGGAUGUCCUGAAUCAGAAAUCUGUUGUAAAGAAUGAGUCUUUAUUGCCUAUUUUAGCAGGGAGUGAUUUGACGGUUUCUCAAACAUUACUUACCCAGAGAGGUAUACCUGUACUAAGCCUGUCUAAUGGGAAAGCAUAUUGCUUUAAUCCUGCACUCUCCACGUGGAACCUGGUAUCUGAUAAACAAGACUUCUUGGUGCAGUGCGCAGAUUACAGGAACUGUUUGCCCUCACAGGAAGCCAUGAUAUGCUCUGGACCACUAGCCAUAAUCCAAGGACGAGCGUCCAAUGCAGGCAGACAGGCCGCUCACCUUUUUACAAUGCCUCACCAAGUGCAGCAGGAAACAACCAUGGCUUACCUUGAGAAUCAGAUUGCAGGGGCCCUGAUACUACAGUCAAGCCAGGAAUACAAAUACUGGUUGCUCAUCUAUGCACGUUACUUGGUUAAUGAAGGUUUUGAGCAAAAGCUUCGUGAAGUGUGCCAGGAACUCCUUGGCCCUGUACAUCACUCAUCUGACAGCCAAUGGGAAUCUAAAAUUUUGGGAUUCAGGAAAAGAGGUCUUCUACAGGAAUUGCUCCCACUUAUUGGACAAAAUCUUCACUUCCAACGUCUUUUCACUGAAUAUCAGGAGCAGCUGGACAGUCUAAUGGACAAAUAAUUAAUUCACAACUUUAACCUCCAUUUGGUUGUUUCCUUUGUGUGCUUGCCUGCUAGUUUGGGAAGAUGACCAGCAUGGCAGUGUCCACUGUGAGAAACAAAGGUGCUGUGAGGAACAUGCAUGGACAUGAAGGAUGGGUUUAAAUAAGCCUUUCUUGGCCUGUCGAGCAGCAGCUAGAAGCCCUGUAAUUAUUCCGUCUUUCAUGUUUGCUGGAAAACUGAAGAUUUCUGUUAAUAGUAAAGGCUGAAUGACAGGAUGUUGGCCAUUGUUUGAAAGAAAAGCACAGUACGUUACUAAAACACUUGAAUUUCGUUGCCCCCAUCCGUAUUUAGGGUUGUGUCCCAUUGCUUAAUCAAGACCUUGCACUAUAGAAAUGUAAAGAUGGCGGUCGCAUUGGAGUGGUUUUUUUAUGUUGUUUUUUUUCCCCAGCCAAAUUUCAUCUGUGAAUACAAGAAGAAUGCUGCCCCACUUCAGACUAUUUUUAUACUAGACUGUACUAACUUGUAAUGCACUGUCCACAGGCCAACAAUCACCCUACUUGCCCGCUGAAUGUAGGACGUUCCGAAUAUGACUGCUGUGUUUGAAUAAUCUGAUUCUGUACUCAUUCAGUUUUUGACUUUUAAAUGUUUGUAAAAGACAGGGUUUUUUCCAUUCCUUUUUUAACUACCAAUUAAAAAAACAAAAAAACA